GUGACCAUACAGGUUGCCCAGGAUCCUGAUAACAUGGGUGACCACAAUGUGAUUCUUGCAGUGGUUUCCUUACUAUCUGCCUGCCAACAAGGAUAUUAUGCCAGGCUUGUGGGGCGAUCUAGAAUGAAGUAUAAAAUCAUGCCCCCAUCAGUUACAGGGCCUCCAGAAUUCGAGAGGACAUUCCGUGCCCAACAGAAUUGUGUAGAAUUCUAUCCGAUCUUCCUGGUUGUUCUAUGGACUGCUGGCAUAUUUUCUUAUGAAGAGGUUGCAGCUGUUUUUGGAUUAGUGUACAUAUUUGCUCGUCACCUGUACUUUAAAGGCUAUGUUGAUAAUGCACAGGGCAGGCUUCCUGGAUUUUAUCUGUGCUUGGCUUCAUUGUUCCUGUUGCUUCUGCUUGCUACAGUCGGGAGUAUAAACGCUCUUUUAAAGAAGUAUUUGGACAUGAACUUUAUGAAGAAAAUAGAUAAUGUGUUUUAAAGUCCAUCUAUGAUGAAGAACAAGGUGUCAAAAGUGGUCUUUGACUGUGAUUUGGGGAUUAUGUCAGAAAUCAGAAUUUUUGGGGGAGGAGUUUUUUGAAUGUUUGGUGAAAAUUAUUAAA